AAAUCUGAUGAACUACGAGUGGAAUUUGCUAUUGCGCCAAUAAUAAGACAAGAUACAAUUAAUAUUUGCAAGCACUAUGAGCUGGAUAGGCUGGAGCAGGCUAUCAGUCACAAAGGUGAAUUUAAUGAACAAACGAGUUAUAGCCAUCUUUCUGCCAAUCGGCGCGGAAUUUACCGCCAGAUGACAAAAAUUGAGACACCUUGGAUGACACCAUCAUCAUACUUUGCCGAGCGUUUUGCUCAACCCACACUUGGUCAAUUGAUUGCGGUUAAACUUAUUCGACGUGGGUUCUGCGAGGAGGCUUUAAAAGAAGUCCAACUAGAGCCCGACUUUAAUGAAUCUGCAGAUGUCUCCAAAAGUGGUUUAUUUAAAAAUAUUGGAAAUGAUCCUUAUUUACACCAAUUUAAAGGAGAUAAUGACGUAAAAAAAGAUUUUCCCAAUUCACCAAGCGUCUCGACUAGCGAAACAAUCACAGAAGAAUCAAAGACAGUAACAAAUAGAGCGCAGAUCGAACUGGCAGCAGAAAAUUUCACAGUAUUUGUCGGUUAA